CGUGGGAUUGCUCAUCGAGGGACAUAAGUUACAUCGUGGGAACUAAAAUACGGCGCGGGACCUAAUUUGCAUCGUGGGAUCCAAUUCACAUCGCGGGAGUCCAAAAGUAGUCAAGAUGGUAAAACCCUCCAAACGCACAUCGCCCUCGCCACGAAGCCAUUUAGCAAUCCAGCAUAGUUUUGAGAUUUAUCGUUAUGAAGCACUAAUACGUUUUUCCAAGAUUACAUCGAAAAUGGAUAUACAGGACUAUGUAAAAUGCUCAUACCACCUUCCCCAUGAUCUUCAAGCGCAUGCAGCGAAACCAUUGCUUAAGGCUAAGAAAAAGAUCGGCGGCGGUGCAUUCUCUCCUACCAUCUAUAGAAAUCCAACUAGGCGUCGGGGCACAGAGAUAAGUUCAAAGAGCUUUGCCGAAGCAGGACAGCCUUGCACAAGUGCAACGGGGCCGGCAUGUUUAAGUGACUUGCGCUCACUUAAAGUAUUUCCAUGACUUGCGCUCAUAACGACUUGCGUUCGCUUGAAAUUACUUGCAUGACUUGCGUUCAUGCAUCCCUGUUCGAAUUCCACACUACAAGCAUCCCUGCUCUAGUUGGAAGUUCGACAAGUGCACGGGAAUUGCUUCCCAGGGUUGCU